AUGGUUAAGCUCGUUAUCCAGCGUGCAAAAAGUGGUUCAGUGACUGUUGAUGGUAAAAUUGUUGGUCAAAUUGGCCAAGGAAUCGUUGUUCUUGUUGGUAUCCAUCGUGAUGAUAAGCCAGAAGAUUUAGAUUGGGCUGUUCAAAAAAUGUUGAACUACUGCAUGUGGCCCGCCGAUGAUGACAAGCCAUGGAGAAAGAGUGUUAUGGAUAUUGAUGGUGGCGUUCUUCUUGUUUCACAAUUCACAUUAUAUGCUCGUCCAAAUGGCAGAAAACCAGAUUUCUCACAUUCAAUGGGUCCAGAAGGUGCUACACAGUUGUAUAACUUGUUUGUUGAAAAGGUUAAAGCAGCAUAUAAACCAGAAAAAAUCCAGACAGGUGAAUUCGGCGCAAUGAUGGAUGUUGCUCUUGUUAAUGAUGGCCCAGUUACCAUGAUCUUUGAUACACUUAACAAGAAAGGUUAA